GAACAUAUGGAACAGAGGAAUAAUGUGACUGAGUUUGUGCUCUUGGGCCUCACCCAAAGCCUCCAAUGUCAGAAAGUAUUAUUUGUUCUGUUCUUGCUGAUCUACGUGGUGACAAUUGCAGGCAGUCUACUCAUUGUCCUUACCGUGGUGCUCAGCCCAGCCUUGGAUGUCCCAAUGUUCUUCUUUCUUGGCUGCUUAUCAUUUAUGGAUGCCGUUUAUUCCACUACAGUUACCCCAAAUAUGAUUAUAGACUUACUCUAUGAGAAGAAAACAAUUUCAUUUAAAGCUUGUAUGGCACAGCUUUUUGUAGGUCACUUAUUUGGUGGUGCUGAGAUUUUACUCCUGGUUGCCAUGGCCUAUGACCGCUAUGUGGCCAUCUGCAAGCCCCUGCAUUAUCUGACCAUCAUGAACCAGCGGGUAUGUGUUCUUCUGCUGCUCCUGGCCUGGGCUGGGGGCUUUGUGCAUGCUGUCCUUCAACUUUUCUUUGUUUACAACCUUCCCUUCUGUGGUCCCAAUGUCAUUGACCACUUCAUCUGUGAUAUGUACCCUUUAUUAAAACUUGCCUGCACAUACACCUAUGUGAUUGCCCUCACAGUGGUGGCCAAUGACGGGGCAAUAUGUGAGGUCAUCUUUACACUUUUAUUAAUCUCCUAUGGCAUCAUUCUGCACUCCUUGAAGAACUUGAACCAAGAAGGGAGGCGCAAGGCCUUAUCUACCUGUGACUCUCACAUCACAGUGGUCAUCCUCUUCUUUGUUCCUUGCAUUUUUAUGUAUGUGAGACCUCCCUCCACUUUGCCCAUUGAUAAAUCCUUGACUGUAUUUUACACCGUCAUUACCCCUAUGUUGAAUCCUCUCAUCUAUACUCUGCGAAAUACGGAGAUGAAAAAUGGAAUGAGGAAGCUCUGGACUAGGAAACCAAAAUGA